AUGGGUGCCAGCGACUCCAAGCUAGUCUUCAAGAAGGGCAUCUUCAGACUGUCGGAAGAGCGGAAUAUACCUGCCGACGACCCUUACUGGACAUCUUUCUGGGAGCUCCCUGAGUCUUCCGAAGAUGUAUUCAGCCUUUUUUCUGCUGCCGAUAUCCGACGAGCUCGCGACCGCGCCAUCGAGAAUCUCGAAACACUCGUGCUAGCUGUGACAUCCCGGCUCUUCAUAUUACGCCAUCAUCCAUCCUUCCCUGACCCAGAGCUUGCGCCGGAACGCGACGCCUUGAAUUGCAUCCGUGUCCUGACCCGUAUUCUACCAUACCUAUACGAAGUCGAUCAACUGGAAUCUUGGGAGGACAGGUUCUUUUGGGGGACGAGGAGGAAGCGGACAAGACGAGCAGCUAUCGCAAAUGAGGUCCUUUUCGAUGAAGCCCAGGCCGAGGAACAAGACGUGAAACCACCCACCGACGAGUUCGAAGACGUGAAGCCACUGGCCGAGGAGCUCAUAGACACACUCGUCGAUCUACUAUUCUUCUCCGAGCUGACUGGCCCUAGACAACCUCAUGGCAAACCCAAGGUCACCUAUGCCAUCUGGCAGAGCGGAGUGGGAUGCAACACCGCUGUGGCCACCACAAAAGGGUACGAGAAUAACCGGUGCGAGAUCUUGCGCCUGCUCUUGACCAUGGCCAGUAAGAGCAUGUACAUGGGACCCAACUUACUCCCGGUCAAGGGAACGAAGGCAUUGACAUACAUCUGUACUUGUCCUGACAAACAGGUCGUGCUCUCCAUGUUGUGCUCAUUGCUGAACACGACUCUGAAAUACAACCCGGCAAGCUGGCGUGUCCCUAUGAAUAGUCUUGUGUUUAAGGAUUCCAAAGAGAUACUCGUCACGUAUACGCUGCAGUUUCUACUAGUCGUUCUCCUCUACCCGAUACCCGAUUCUUCCUCUGCAACUACGCAAAAGAACUACUAUCGACACUUCUUGGGACGACUACAUCGCGCUCAAGACUUUCAGUUCAUUGUGGAUGGCAUGACGCGGAUACUGAAUCAACCAAUACAAGCUAAUGCCUCGUACAUCCCGGGGACACAGACUGCAACAAGGUUUUCCCCUGAGAUCCUCAUGCUGUUCUGGGAGGUCACCCAAUGCAACAAGCGCUUCAGGUCGUAUAUGAUGGACACACAGCGUGUUCAUGAUUUCGUCAUUCUCAUUUUCUUCUACGCAACCGAAUAUCAGGCGGAUGCGUCCAAGCAUGGUGUUGUACGGAUGUGUGCUUUCUUGUUGCAGACUUUGAGCGUCGAGAAGAAUUUCGGUGUGAAUCUCAACAAGAACUUCGAGGGUCAAGAUACCCUACCAGCGGUCAUCAGGAUACCCGGAUUCCAAGGAACCUACGCCGACUUCCUCAUACAAUCCAUAUACAAUCUUAUCACAAGAAGUCAGGGAAAACUGUCUGCCAUAUACCCUGCGCUUCUAGCUGUGAUCAACAACAUCGCCGCUUACCUGGAGGGCAUCAGCAGCACAACAUGUUCUAAACUUUUGCAGCUGUUCAACUCGAUGUCUUCCCCGUCAUUUCUUCUGGCCAACGACAGCAACCACAGUCUGCUCAGCUCGCUCUUAGAGUCCAUGAAUGCUAUCAUUGAACAUCAGUAUCAGAAAAAUCCCAAUUUCUUAUAUUUGGUACUCAAGAAUAGGAAACACUUCGAAGCACUACGCAGCUUCACACUCGAAAGUGGCCAAGAAGAAAUUGAACGUCGAAGUCGUCGAAGAAAGGAUAAUGGGCAGCCAAUUGACCCAUUUGAUACUAGCUCCAGACGAAGCUCGGUAGACAGUCUACGCAGUCCUACUUCGGCACAGCCAAAGACACCAACACUGAGUGAUGUGCCAGAAGAGGAUAGCACGUUUGCCAUUGGCGACGAUGAGGACGAAAGUGACGAUGAUGGCCAGCCAACGCCGGCUCAGUCGAGUCCUAGUGAGAACCCCUCCAGGACCUCUUCUGUCGCGGAUGUGGAAGAUGCGGUACCAACGCAACUGAAGGGAAUGUCGGAGAAAGCUAGAGGAAAGAUGCCUGCUGGAGUCCCUGCAUUCUCAAGACAGAACAGUACCACGAGCCUGAGCAGCUACUCUGUCGCGGGCCAAUCCACCACAGGCUCAUUUGAGCCAUCGGCAAAUUGGAUCGAGAGCUGGCUUCCAGAGUUGCCCUUACACACGAUACUAACCGUCAUUCAACAGCUGACGGCUCUCAUAAAUCGGCAGGGACUGUCUACUGACUCUCCUUCAUCGGUGACGUUGAAAACCAUUAAGGAAGCCGAUCUUGUCGCCAUUGAGCCAUCGCCGGCUAGAGUGCAUUCUUUCGAAUGGUCACCACUGGCGCUUGGCUGGUACGAGUCGUUGGUUUGGAGCUUUGUAUUUGCCAGCGAGAUGCAGGUCUCAAAGGGAACAGUCGGCAUAUGGAACGGGACAGCCAUCAAGCUCUUCAAGGUACAAGAGACGGCAGCAGAAGGGCCGACAUUGACAUCGCCGCGCGGAGCAGUGGAUGCUGUCGGCAGCAACAUUGUGUCGAGAAUUGGGUCUAUCAAUCUACGGGGUCCUACGUCGCCAGCCUCGCCAGCCUCAACAGGCUUUCCACCGCAACGGAAUGCGCAGACAUAG